AUGUUCCAUGAUGAUGAUGAUGAAGAUGUAUUUGAUACAGCAGGUAUUAACUCUCAACCUAUGAUGAGUAAUAAUUCCUUCUUAAAUUCGGGACAACAUAAUGUUUUAAAUAAUACAAUGAAUAAUAAUAACAAUUUGGAUAAUAGUAAAUUAAAUAAUAGUAGAUUUACUCAUCAGACAUCUAAUUUUAAUAACACUAGCAAAUCCUCAAUGUAUGGUGGUGGCCUACCAUCUUCUCAACCUUUUGCUAAUACAUCCUUCAAAUCUUAUUCAAUGAACAAACCUACUGGUAUCUUUUUAUCAAAUAGAGAACAAUUACCUCAAUGUAUGGAAUAUAUCAACAAUAAGAUUAGUAACACUAUGGCUUUAUUGCCUUUAAUGUCAUUUUAUAGUGAGGCUAAUGCUAUGAAUUCAUUUAGAUUGGAUUUUAAUAACUCUGAUAAUGAUAUUUUUGUUGUGAAUGUACUUUAUUACCUUUUAAAGGAAAGAGAAGAUGAUUCAGCUUCAAAAGUUACAUUACAAGACAAAGUUAAAAGAUUACAAUGUGAUCAAAGUGCUCUUCAGUUGAAUAAUAACAAAUUGGAACAAAAAAUUGUUGAACUACAAAAACUUUACAACCUCGAACAACAAAAACAUACAACACUUCAAAAGGAAUCAAGAAUGAAAUUGAAAAAAUUGGAAACAGCAAAAACAGCUUUGGAAUCUCAAAAUAAGAAUAUUCAACAAAAGUGUGAUCAAUAUGAACACAAUCUGAUAAAAAUGGAAAAGGAAAUGGAUAAAUUAAAGCAACAAAUGACACACAAAUUGAAUAUGCUUCUCAAUAUGAAUUUAUAUGGAAGUAAUUUAAAUUCAAGCAAAGUAGAUGUAAUUAAUCAAACAAAUCAUCCUGCAAUUUCAUCACCAGCCAUAACACUUUCACCACAUCAUAACAAAUCUUUUGCUUGGAAACAUGGUUUGGAAAGAAAUGAAGAUAUUCUCUAUCAAAAUGUAGUUGAAGCAUUUAAAGAUGAAAAACAAGAAAUUCUUGCAGAGAAUCAACAACUCAAGAGGUCAUUAAAACAAUUGAAUGGAGAGUUGAAUAAUUUGAGACAACAGUACUCAAUAACAGCACCUCUAUUUGAUAGUCUUAAAGAUGGGCAAUUCGAGUUACCAUACCAUCUUGCCCAAGAAGAAAUUGAAUCAGCCAUUAGAGAUAAGAUUCAAGAUAUAAGUAAUAUUAUGGGAAAGUCUUCGCAUUUAGGAGGUGGAGGAGGCAUGCACAGUUUAGAUGCUGAUGUUGAUGAUAUUGACUUGACUGAUCCUGUUUCUGUUAAAAUAGCAUUAGACUCAUUGAGGAAUCAGUGCAAUGAAUAUAGGAGACAAUUAAAUUCGAGACUAGAACAUUACCCCUUCCAACACACAUUUUCAACAGCAUCAUUGGGUCAAAAUAGGAGUGAAUCAUCGCCGACCUUCCCAACCAACAUUCCAAGAUUACACACUGAUGACCAAAAUCUUGAACAAUUAAUGUUAGACACUAAUGAAAUUCCACUCGAUGAAGAUGUGGCAGUUUCUGCACAUAGUAUAACUACAAACUAUAAUUUCCUCUAG